GCCCCACGGGUUAGGGGGAAGCGUGCCCCGCUCCUGCUCCCCACGGGCUACGCGGGCUUCUCCCCACGGGGGUCCCCCCCGGCCCGCAAGGGGACAGCGGGACGCGGCCGAGCCCCGGCAGCGGGGCGGGCCUCCGCCGCCCUCCCCAGCCCCGAGGCGGGGCCGGGGCCCGGGCCGCCCUCUCGGUAGCGGCGGCGGGAUGCGGCUGCCGGAGCUGUGCCUGGCGCUCCUCUGCGCCGCCGCCGGCACCGGCUCCCCGGGGUCGGCCCGGGACCAGCCGCCGGCAGCAGCCGCGGAGGGGGCGGGACGCGGGGUGCCGGGCGCUGCCCCCCCCCGGGUCGGCGGCGUGGACCCCCGUCGUGCGUGGAUGCUGCUGGCCGGGAGCCCUGGGCGGGCGAGGGGCAGCCGGGCCCGGGGCAGGACGGGCACGGUCCGGGAUGGGACAGGGGCUGGCACGGCACAGGCUGCAUUGAAAGUCGGUGUGCCCGGCCCUGCCUCUGUGCCCCCCGGGACCCUCGCCGUGCUGGAAGAGCUGCUGAGAGAGCUGCAGCUCCUGCUGAAAGCCAUGGUGAAGGAGCAGGCGAAGAUGCGCAGGAAGGCCUGGGAAGGGCGUGAGGAAGAGGAGGAAAGCGGGGAAGGUAACCCACAGGCCGGGUCCCAUCGUCGCGUGGAAGCAGCCUUCCGCUGCCAGACGCGUGAAAACAUCUCCAUUGAGCAGAGAGCACAGCGGGAGCUGCAGCUUUACUACAUUCCGGAGAGGGAGGGGAUGUUCCGCCGUGGCUCGGGGCUGAACCUGACCAGUGGGCAGUACACAGCCCCCAUCGCCGGGUACUACGCCUUCACCGCUACACUGCACCUCGUGCGCAGAGAGCAGCGGAGGAAGUGGCAGCCGUGCAGGGGGAAUCGUCUGCGGGCGCUGGUCUGCGUGCAGUCCCGCUGCCAGCACAACAGCAAUCUGGAGACGGUGUCCUGGCUGGAGAGUGGCGUUGGCCUUUUCACUAUCUCCGUCACCGGAGUCCUUUACCUGCAGGUUGGGCAGUACGCCUCUGUUUUCGUGGACAACGCUGCAGACUCUCCCCUCACUGUUCAAAGCGGCUCUGAUUUCAGCGCCAUUCUGAUAGGGGUAUGAAAAGGUGCUGAGCACCACGCAGGGAGCUGAACCUGUGCCAGGAGCAGGUUCCCUCUGCCACCCACCAUCACACCUCCCCUGCUCGGCACCAAGCCCAGGGAAGACCUUUGGCUGCUGCAGGAGCUGCAGGCUGGUCCCAUACUGUUCAUGCUGCAGAACCAUCUGAAGCUGGAUGAAAGAUCGGGGAGGAAAGGUUGAGGAUAAUAAAUAAUAAUAAAGUGUGACAAGAA